ACCACGGCUACAGUGAACGGCAGCGCCCACUGAACGUCUGCUGCAGAUGUGUUUGUAUGGGAUUGUGGCGUUUUGAAUUCGUGCGAUAGCGCCAGGAGUUGUUGCAGAGACCUUAACAACCGUCCAAGGCCGCAUAAAUGCGCGGUUGUUCCGGGAAACACUGUUGAACAGCCCCAAGGUAAAACAGCAUCGUUUCUGCGUUCUCGGGCCGUCGCUACACUACGAAUCACGAUGGAAUCGCACGAAGACUUUCCUAACGUGGCUGUUUCCACACCACGCAAACGGCUUCAAGUACGCCAUCUCAUGCUGUUCAUGAUCUCUUUGGGAAUUUUCUUGGUUUACUCCAUGCGGGUGAAUCUCAGUGUGACCAUCAUUGCCAUGAUCAACACCACAGCCACGCAGGGGAAUCAGAGCAAAGUGUUGACUUCUGAAUGCCCUCUUUCGCCUGCCAAUGGCUCUUCGCUCUCCAAUCAAAGUGACAUUCCUAUUGGGGAGUUCCUCUGGGACCAAGAAACGCAAAGCUAUGUGCUCAAUGCUUUCUUUUAUGGGUACAUUGUGACACAAAUCCCUGGAGGCUGGCUCUCCGAAGUUAUAGAUCCGGGAUGGAUCUUUGUCGGCGGAAUCGGCGUCACUUCUCUCCUCACGCUUGCCACAGCCCUAGUCGCAAGAGCCAGCUUUGCCGCAUUCCUAGUUCUUCGAGUUCUGGAAGGAAUCGCUGAGGGAGUGACAUACCCGUCCAUGUAUGCGUUACUUGCUCGGUGGUCACCCAUCGACGAGCGAAGUACGAUGGCCGGUGUGAGCAACAUUGGAAGCCUUAUGGGUACUGUGGUCACACUACCUCUUGCGGCUGUCCUCUGCAAGCAUGGUUUUGCGGGAGGCUGGCCAUCUGUCUUUUAUCUCACAGGGCUCUUAGGUGUUGUAUGGUGCAUAUUUUGGAUCCUUCUCGCCUCUGGCAGUCCUGAAAAACACAAGUUCAUUUCGGUAGAGGAAAAAUACCAUAUAAUUUCUUCUCGGGACGCCGUCUUCUCUGUGCACAAGCCCGUGCCCUGGCUUAGCAUACUGACAUCGAGAGGCGUGUGGCUUUGUGCGUUCGUCAAAUUUUGUGCAAGCUGGAGCUUUUACACCCUGCUCACAGAGCUUCCAAGCUACCUGUCCAAUGUGUUGCACUUCGACAUUCAAAAGAAUGGUUUUAUGAAUGCCAGCAUAUACUUGGGCCAGGCAGUUGUCGGGAUCCUCUGUGGUUAUCUGGCUGACAAGCUUCGCAAGAAGGAAGUCCUCGGUGUAACUGCCAUAAGAAAGACCUUUGAGUGUGCAGGCCUUUGUGCAGUUAGUGUCGGACUCAUUGGAUUGACGUUUGCGCGGUGCAAUUGGGUAGUGGCCUAUGUGAUGCUUCUGCUCUCCAACACGUGUGCCGGUGUUCUCUAUGGUGGUGAUGCCGUCCUGCCCAUCGACCUUGCACCGGAUUUUGCUGGUGCUGUCAUGGGGCUCACAAACUGCAUUUCUAAUACUGCCGGUAUUUUUGCGCCACUUGUGGUUGGUUACCUGACAGAAAACAAUGAGACCAUUGAGCGAUGGAAUGCAGUGUUUUACAUUUCCGCCGCGAUGUGCACCUUGGGAGCCCUGGCGUUCCUGACGUUCGGCACGGCGGAAGUGCAACCGUGGGCCCACGCACCGGUCGCUUCUCUCGGAGACCAGGGGGCUGUGCUCAUUGCGGGAGAUGAACUCCUUGACGACGAUCCACUAGAGAGCCCGAAGGCUACGCGAUCUGAUUGGCACUGACAGUAUUCAUCAGUGCACUCCACAGCGUGGAUGAGCGCAGCGACCUGCUUCAUUGGUGCUCAGAGACUUUUUUUUUCUCUCUCUCUCCAACUCUUAUAAGAGAGAAAGUAGUGUUCUUGCCAAUGUACUGUGAUACUAACGGACACUCUUUACACACAUGACACUUGGUUCCUCGAACUCCUCCUAAGGAGAGCUUUCAAAGCUUUGCUCGUUAAGCGCACAAGAGCCCAGUUUGGUUUUUAGAGCACAAAGUAAUGUGUUCACUGCAUUUAUUAAGUCUCUUUUACUGCUGAAGUGUUCGUAGGUAGCUUGGCUAUCGCACGUGUCUUCUACUUUUCUCAGAGGUUCACUCAAAAACUAUUAGCUUGCCAUUAUUGCCACCACAGUAAUGCAAGCACUUUUACGUCCUGUAUUUUUAUACCCAAUGCAUUUUCUUAGAUUUGCUCGUUUAUGCACUUAAUGAAUUUUAAAUGCCUGUCAGACUAGUCAUUAAGUUACAGAAUACAUGACCCAAUGGUGUGCACUGAUACAGUGAACUUUGCCAGCCACCGGUGUGGCCUUUCACUGCUGUAUUUUUUUGUACCGUGGAAACGUUGUUUAUAUUUGCAUUUUAAAAUCUUGUUUAAUGUACAGUUUUAUUGUUGUUUUAAUAUAAAAAUGAUUUCUAGAUGUAUAAGGCAAAUUUUGCUGGUCAACCAGUAGUCUACCAUGCUCUGUAUCAGUAAAAAAGGCAUGAGUUACAGUGAUAAACUGGCAUGUCUUCAUUGAAUUAGUAAAACACAACGCGUGACUCAUAUCAGUGGGUGACAGAUUGAAGCAGCUAUGAAAACUAUGUCUGCAAUAGUGUCAUCCACACAUCACUCACUUUGAAACUGUGAAGCGCAUGCAAAAUGUUCGGACUACAGCCUGGACAGUUUUGUCUCCGGUGUUAAACAAAAAGCACCAAAAUGGUGGUAACAUGAAAGGAUACAUGGUUGCGAGUGUGUGUUCCCUGACGUAUAACAUGUUCCUUGAUGUUCCGUAAUGUGUUCCAUAAACAGAUCAGGCCAGCAUUAUUGUGAAUUUUAGCAACAGUCUCAUACAUGACUGUGCAGAACCUCAAAGCAAGAAUUUCAAGAGGCUCGAGAGGUGAUUGCUCGAUAAAACUGUUUCAGGUGAACCAUUAGAACUGCAUACUCUCACAGUGAGUUGGCUGGUAAAACACACUCUUGUCUAUGGUGCGAGAAAAUUUCGUGCCAGUUUUACCACUGGGACUCUCCAUGAAUUUUUUUCCUUUCCUCUUGACAGAAGUAGCAUUUAUUUUAUGUACGUAUGAUUAUAUCUGCAUCAUGGCUGCAUUGUUACUGCUUUACGAGCCUUUAUUUCCACAUGAUGUACGGAGACUAUCCAGCAUGGUUGCUUGCUAGAAAGGCUGUUGUUUUGAUAAUCUGUGGUGCACUUGUUCAAGUGAGGGUGUUGUAAAAACAGAGCACUGGCAGUGUUGGCAUGUGCUUAAAAUUGUCGCAGUAGGUCCUACAAAUUGAGGUGUGCUUCAUUUUCAGCCUUCCUGUGCAAAGUAUCCUUUUGUAAACCACAUAGCAUAAGCACGUCACCAGAAAUGUUUUUGUUUUAGCGUACAUUUCGUUAGACUUAGCAGAUAUCUGGCCCGCUUUGGGUAGUGUUACGCACUGGAUAGCAGCAGACUCACCAGAACAAAUUUUGAAUGAUGUUCGCUCUAGGAAAUCUCUGGAGCAUUUGAGAGACAUUGCAGAAACAUAGCGAACUUUCAAUGUUUAUUCUUGCUAAAAUCUUUCCUUAACACUGAUAGCAUGGAUUUUCAGCGCUUAUUCUUUGAUAACGUGGAAAUUUUACUAUAAAGCAUUUCUUGAAAGGAUUUACUUGCCACAUUCAGUUUCUUAUGACUUACUUGUCUGCAUCAGAUAAUUCAAACCAUGUAAGCAUCUGCAUGAAUACGUUCACACAUCUUGUAUGUCCGUCUGUGGAAUCCACCACAUCCCAGUAGCAAAAUAAAGGAUACUUUCCUCAAUUUAAAAUGUCUGCUUGUGACGGUUGGUCUUAUUAAUUAAAAUCACUUUACAAGUGAUCGUUAGAUGACUCAACCGUACUUAGCAGACCCUAGUGUAUUUUCACUGCCAUGUUAGUAGAACCUUUGCAAAAGAAAGACAAUUUAAAGUGCACCAGCCUGCCUUUUGACCGUGGUGGCCAUAAUGGAUUUUUUCAGCUUCUCACACCAAUGUGUGCCUGUCCUGAAGUGGCUUCGCAAGCAUUUAUGCAACCGUCCUAAUUGCUUUAAGUAACUGCACACAGGUCGUCUAAACGUUCCUUGAAUGCUCACUAAAAAAAAAAACCCAUAAUGCCCUAAGAGUAGCAAUAAAUAUAUUUUAACAUAAGGAAACUUUUUGAACCUUAUAUUAAUAUCACUGAAACCUGGGUCUUACGUUUUGGAUUGUAAGCUCUGGUAUUUUGGUUGGAGCAGUAGGGCGGGCCCAAGAGUUCGUUUAGCAGUAGUGAGUGUAAGUUACCGUCCUGUAAGUGAUGUGGUUUUACUGUGGUGAGGCAUAUGCUGUUACAUGCGCUGUUUGAAGCCCCUUCUGGAGAGAAAAAAAGAAAAAGCAAGCAAAACAAAACGAAAAGCCACUAAAAUAGAACGUUGGCACUAUCAUGAAUGGUGGAAGCCGUUACCUACCUUCCCUGCCUUCAAGCUAUGGACCAGGUUACACAUAUCGUUGUGACAUCUCGAAUCAACAAGCAAUAAGAACAAGUUGUUGUAAAGGGCAAGUUGGGACUGCCUACUGCUGUCAGCGGAGCUGUUACGUUGAGUAGUCAUAGUGUCGCAUUGUGGCAACUGGUGAUAGGAACAGGCUGUCUCAGAAGCCAAAUUGAAGGACGUUUACUGCUCUCGGCAAAGCAGUAAAGUUAAGUUUCUGCUUUAUGGCUCUCUGUUCUGUUUGAGGCGCUUCCAUCAGAUGGUGAAGUAAAAUUUUGUGUGUAAGCUCUGUGUUACAUGUUCUGUCCACUGAGCCUAUUUCAUUGAAGAGUCCAUAAAGUAACCUUGAAAGAAUUUCUAAAACGUUGGACAUGGAAUGUCAGCACAUCUCACAAAUCUUCCGUCAAUUGCAGUAUUUGCAUAGUUACAAAGAGCCUGAAGCUCCCUUCCUUAUUUUUUUUGUGCCUUUUAUGAUUUUCUUUUCACGUAUUUCAUCCUAACUUGCCGGAAGCUGCAGCUCUGUACUGAUGAGAGCAGUUCUUAGCUCAUUGACAAGAUAUCGCAUUAUGCUUCCCUACCCCUUUCCACAUUGCCUAAUGUUUUUUUAGGUAAUUGUAGGGACACUUGCUAAGUUUGGCUUGUCACCUCAUCUGCCUGCUCUUCCUUUUUUUAUUAAUGUUCUUGUUUGCCUUCCACAAUAAUUUGCUUCUUUGUGAAAUAUAGGUGAUUCUAGCUGAUAGCAAGCUUUUAAUUACUGAUUCAAUUAAUAUAACUGUGACAUUAUGUUAAGUUCGGUCAAAUUGAGUCAUGUAACAGAAAUUGACAAGCACGAAGUUAUAGAUACGAAAAUGGCAGAGGGCAUAAUAGAGCAAAUACUGGUAGCCGAAAUAUCUAUUGAAAUUGGGGUAAAGAAUCGGCAGCUUAUGUGACGCAUAGAACAGAUUGCAGUAGUUUAUGAGAUUUCCACUGUUGAAACUAUGGUUAGGGAAACAGGAGAGAAUCCGAUGUGAGGAUCAGUCUAAGAAUGGCAACUCCAUAUUAUGGGGUAUGGCCUUCAUCGUACACUUCACGUGAAAUAGGAUGACCAUAACAAAAUUCCAACAAAUGUUAGCUCUGAAUUCAUAUGGGAAGCAUCCUUUUUUUUUUCCAGUUGGGUUUUACAUUUCCUGCAGGUUUAACAAGCUGAACAACUUCAUUUUCUGUUGUCAAGAGGUAUAGUAGUGUAUUAACAGCAAUAAUGUAGGAAAUGUAAUAUUGUGCUGGAUUAGCACAGUACAUUUAUGAAAUAGUAAAUAUAGACCAUAGCUAUCGUACACCAAAGAUGGUGUUAACGUGAAAAGAUGGUGUAACAGUGAUACCUUGGGGGGCUCAACCAUUGCUUGUUGAGAAAGAUCUAUUGGACUCAAACUUUAGCAUAGCAGCCAUCGUAUGGUUAAACGAUUGUACGCCAAGACAAUGUACCGUGAAUUUUUUUAUUGUUAGUCUAAUUUCGUAAGCAGAGUAUUCUUUCACUUGCGUUAUUUUACACUGAGCCAAAUAAAAAUGCUGAAUUGUUAUACAGGUCAUUUAAUAGUAAAGGAAUUUGCUGUGUGUCCAGCUAUGCACUUUUCCUGUGCUGUUAAAACAUGGCCAAAGUAUGGCCAAAGCAGUGAAAAAAUGCACACAGUGAUGCCAUUGGUGCAUUUGGCGUUUAAUUUUGGGAAGGAUGUUCACUUUUUUAUUUCAUAUUUAGUAACAUUUUAUUUUUUUUUAUAUGCCGUGCAUUUUCACUGAACAAAUGGGAGAGUUUUAGAUGAAUAAUUUGUUGUGAUGUUGCCUAGUGAUCCUGAUAAUCAAUGUUUCCUGUUUGGUUGGCUACUAUUUUUUUUAAUGUUUUUGACGAUAUCAGAGAGGUUGGAGAGAAGUUGGUUUGGGAUGUCUUUCUUGCACCACUUAUUCUGCGCUAUGCUUACAUUCUUUCUCAAAUAUGUGCGAAUGAACACAAAAAAUGUACCAGUUAUUCUGAGCGUGUCGUGGCAUGUUGUGGGUCGCGGUCUUGUAGUGAAAUGUCUGAAUUCUGAACAACCACUGAAGGAAAGCUUCGAGUUCACUUGCAUGCAUUCAACCUGCUUUGUGGUCAGCUUGCAUUUCGGGGGUGUUGACAGGCCUUUUGUAUGCAACACUGCUUGUGCAUGUGGCUCUGAAUAUAUUUAGUUGUGCAAAUAUUUGACAUUCGCUAAUGUUUCUGCCGCAUCAUGUGUCAGCGCUGCAAGUUAGAGCCUUUCUUAUUUCUUGUGCAUCUUUUCAUGUUGCUGCAGCCAAGUUUUACACUGUGUCAUAAGGAUAAACACUGACUUUGGCGAAUGUGGGCAGAAGGUGCAAAAUCUGAUAACAAUGAUAAAAUGUACUUUCUUAUAUGCAGGUCAGGGGUGUAGCCAGAAAUACAUUUGGGGGGGGGCCGGGGUUAUUCACUUAUGUAUAUUGGUGUGUGUUUGGAUGUGUGCAAGCAUAUAUACACAUGCAAAAUUUAAAUUUUCAAUGGGGGGGGGGAUUCGCCCCUCCCCCCUCCCCCAUUGGAAAUGCAGGGUCAAGUUUGCUUCAGGAAAUUGGCAUUGUAGAACAUGUUUUUAUCUGCUGCCAGCAUUUAUUAUUGUUGUGUGAAAUUUUUGGGAAGAUUCUCAGCCACACCAAUGACUUCUACAAUGACUCCUCAAGAGCUUCUUGCUUCUUUGAGAGAAUAAAUUACUGUUGAUGUGAGAUAGCACUGAUAUUUAGACUACUGGACACUCUGUAAAUGUUCACAUUACUUGAGACCAGUGUGACAGGAAGAUCUGGAAAGAUAGCAUUUAUUUUUGUGGAGUUGUGUUUUAUGUAGCUUUGUCGCAGUGAUCUGUAAAUAGAUCUGAAGAGCUGCUUUUUUUUUGUUAGCAUUGUUGCUGCAGUGCAUCUUUAUUUGCUUUCACUUGCUUUUGCUCAUUAACACUCUGUGAUUGAUUGACGGAGUGAAAUGGCUUUUCAUGUCGGUCUGCACAUUCACGUAUGCACUGUUUUUUUUUGUAUGGUAUUGAAACCAAUUUGGACUGCAAUGAUGGAUGAAUGCAUGGUGGUGUACAGCGCGAGGAACGACGAAGACCGAAAGAACAGAAGGGACACGGACGAGCGCUGACUCGCAACUGAAAAAAUUUAUUGAAAGAACACAUGUACGUAAAAGC